AUGGCUGAGAGUCAGACCUCCACUUCCGCCGCCUGGUGCGCCUUCUAUGGCAUUGGCAUCAUCGGCACACUGCUGCUCUAUGGCAUCACCCAGGAGGGCAUUAUGACCGUGGCCUACGACGGAAGCCUCUUCCAAUACUCCGUUUUCCUGGUCCUAUGCAACCGACUGGCGGCAGUGAUCUUUGCCGUAUCCAUGGCAGCAGCCAAGGGCGAGUCCAUGACGAACGCAGCCCCGCUUUGGAAGUACCUCGUCGUUUCCCUCUCUAACGUCUAUGCCAGCUCUUGCCAGUACGAGGCCCUGAAGUACGUGUCCUUUGCAGUCCAGAUGCUUGGGAAGAGCUUCAAAAUGAUGCCCGUGAUGAUCUGGGGCAUCAUUAUCGCUGGCAAGGCCUACAGUGGCAGGGACUGGUUGGUGGCCUUGGCAGUUACCCUAGGCUGCACAGAAUUUCUGAUGACAGGUCCAACUCAUUCCAAGGUGGAUGCUGGGAACAGCUUUAAGGGUUUCAUGCUGCUGGGCUGCUUCCUGGCCUUGGAUGGCUUAACCUCCACUUUCCAAGAGAAGCUCUUCAAGGAGCACAAGACGACGAAGUACAACCAGAUGCUCUAUAUCAACUUGCUCUCCGCCACAGUCUCCCUGAUCACUUUGCUUGCGACGGGCCAGCUUGCACCGGCGGUGGCAUUCGGCUUCGAGCAUCCGCAGUUCAUGCUCGACUCUGCCCUGCUGAGUGGCUCUGCGGUUGCCAGCCAGUUCUUCAUCUACUCGCAGAUCAAGGAGUUUGGGGCCCUGGUCUUUGCCGCAACCAUGAAUGUGCGUCAGGUUGUGUCCAUAUUGAUGUCCUAUCUGAAGUACCACAACCCUGUAACGCACCUACAAAUCCUUGGCCUGGCCCUGAUCUUCUCUGCCCUCUUCUUCAAGUCCGUGGUUGCCAUGCUUGAGGCCCCCUCGAAGGAGGAGAAGAAGCCCAUCCUGGCUGAUGCCAAGGCUGAAGAAGCUGCGGAGACCUCCAAGGAUAAGGAAGAUGCUGGCAAGGUGGUUUGA